AAAAAAAGAACAGAAAAGGGUAUACAUGUAUAUUUAAAUUAAAGAAGAUGAAUUUAAGUCUUUGUAAAUGUCCAUAGUUCUGAUUGCUUUGCGGUUUGAAAGUCUUUGUAAGGUUUCAAAAUAAAAGAGAGAAGACAGACAGAAAGAGGACUUUUAUCUUUGUAACGUCACUGACUGACUCCACCCACAGUCAGAUCUCUUCCUGAUCUCAAGAUGGCAACAGAGAAAGACACAUAUAAGCAGAUGAAAAAACUACAGUACGAUGAUCAGACAGACGUCAGUGAAGAUGAUCAGAUGAAGACUGAAGAAAGACACGGAGGAGAGAAUAAAAUCUGAACAUGUCUGCCGCUGACACCAGAGUGAUCGUCGCUCACAUUCCUCCUCGCAGGAGAAGAUGGAGUAGAGACCAACCUCCUACGAUGAGGAUUGUUCUUCUGGGGAAGAGCGUGUCAGAAAACAGUGGAGUGGGAAACUUCCUGUUGGGACGAGCAGCGUUUGACAGUGAAGCUCCUCCAGAUGUUGUAGAGAGAGUCGCAGGAAGAUUGAAGGACAGACACGUGAUGGUCAUCAGCAGUCCUCAGCUGCUCCAGACAAACAUCUCAGAUCAUCAGAUCACACAGACAGUGAGAGAGUGUGUGUCUCUGUCUGAUCCAGGACCUCAUGCAUUCAUUAUCAUACUGCAAUAUAAAGACUUCACUAAGAAGGUCAUGAGAAGACUGAAAUAUGUGCUGGAAAAAUUCAGUGAAGAGGCGAUCAAACACACUAUAGUGAUCACGACUGAUAAAGAGACACACCGAGCUGAAGGAGCACCUGUGAAAACUAAUAAAUUCAUUCAACAGUUAACUGCUGAGUGUGGAGGAGGACAUGUUCAACUUGACAAUGAAAUAAAAACAAUGAUAUCUGAAAUACUGCAAAGAUUAGAGAAGAUACUCAGAGAAAACAAUGAAGAAUUUGUCACAUGUGAGCUCUAUCAUGAUGCAGAAGAAACACUGGUGGAUGAAGAUCUGAGCAGAUCUUUUGCUUCACCCGGAACAAAGGAGGAAGAUUCUGAUGGAGGUUUAAGAGCCACCAGACAACAGAAGCUGAACCUGGCGCUGUGUGGAAGUGAUGAAACACUGAAGAACUCUGUUUCAAAACUCAUAAGAGAGAAGAGGAGAGAUGUGGAUCUUCAUGGACGUCAGUUCAGUCUGGUGGAUCUUCCAGCUCUGUUCAACACUCGUCUCUCAGAGGAGGAAGUGAUGCGUCAGACUCUCCACUGUGUGUCUCUGUGUCAUCCUGGAGUUCAUGUUUUCCUCCUCAUUAUUCCUGAUGCUCCACUCAAUAAUGAAGACAAAGCAGAAAUGGAGGAGAUCCAGAGGAUCUUCAGCUCCAGAAUCAACAAACACAUGAUGAUCCUCAUAAUGCAGAAUUCAGAGCAUCAGACAGAAGAACUCAAUGAAGAAACACAGUCUGUCAUUGAGAGAUUUGGAGGACGACAUCAUUUCUUUGGUCCCAACACACAAGUGUCCACAUUGAUGGAGAACAUUGAGAAGAUGCUGGAAGAAAACAGAGGAGAGUUUUACUCCACAGAGACAUUUCUGGAGGCAAAGAUGGAAAAACUGAUGAAAUAUGAAGAGAUGAAGAAGAAAAUCGACUCACUAGAGACACAUUUACUGCCACAAGGUUCAAGAGAAAGCACAGAUGAUCUGAGGAUUGUGCUGCUGGGAAAAACUGGAGUUGGGAAGAGUGCAACAGGAAACACAAUCUUAGGAAGAGACGCGUUUAAGGCAGAAACAUCUCAAGAGUCAGUGACUAAAGAGAGUCAGAGAGAAUCAUCUGAAAUCAACGGCCGACACGUUACUGUGAUCGACACUCCAGGACUGUUUGAUACUGAACUGAGUAAUGAGGAGAUCCAGAGAGAAAUCAGACACUGCAUCUCCAUGAUCCUGCCUGGACCACAUGUGUUCAUCAUUGUGCUCAAUUUAGGACAACGAUUCACUAAACAUGAGGAAACAUCAGUGAAAAUCAUCCAAGAGAUGUUUGGUGAGAAAUCUUUAAUGUUCACUAUGGUGCUCUUCACCAGAGGAGAUGAUCUGAAGAACAAAACUAUUGAACAGUGUUUGGGAAAACCUGGAUCUGUGAUCAGAAACCUGAUUGAAGUGUGUGGAAACAGAUUCCAUGUGUUCAAUAAUAAUCAGACUGGAGACCGAACACAGGUGUCUGAUCUACUGGAGAAGAUAGACAACAUGGUGAGAGCGAACGUAGGGAGUUUCUACUCAUGCAAGAUGUUCAGAGAGAUGGAGAGAGAAAGACAAGAACAACAGAUGAAGAUCCUGAUGGACAGAGUCAGAGAAAGAGAAGAACGGAUGAAGAAACUGGAAGAAGAGAAAGAGAGAAUGAAGAUGAUGAUGGAGGAAGAACAACAGAAUCAAGACAAAGAGAGAAAGAGAAGAGAAGAAGAAUUUAAUGAGAGAGAAGAACGAUAUAAAAGAGAAAUAAGAGAAGAAGAGGAACAUCAAAGAGAGAUACGAGACGAGAUGAGACGAGAACGAGAGACAUUCAGACAUGAAAUAGAGGAAAUGAGACAAGAAAAAGAGAAUUUGAAGAAAGAAAAUGAAAAACUUCAGAUCAAAUAUGACACAGAAAUAGACAGACUGAUGAACAGAAUAGAGAAUGAGAGGAAGAAAAGAGAAGAUGAAUUUAAAGAGAGAGAAGAACGAUACAAAACACUAAUGAAAGAGAAAGAAGAUCUUCAAUCCAAACAUGAAGAAGAAGAAAACAAGAUGAAGAUCCUGAUGGAGAAACUGAACAGAGAAAGAGAAGAACUGAUGAAGAAACAUGAACAAGAGAAAGAGAAAAUGAAGAUGGUGAUGGAGGAAGAACGACAGAAUCAAGACAAAGAGAGAAAGAGAAGAGAAGAGGAACUGAAAAGAGAAAUAAGAGAAGAAAAGAAACAUCAGAGGGAGAUACAAGAUGAGAUGAGACGAGAACAAGAGACAUUCAAACAUGAAAUAGAGGAAAUGAGGGAAGAAAAAGAGAAUAUGAUGAAAGAAAAGGAAAAACUUCAGAUCAAAUAUGACACAGAAAUAGAAAUACUGAUGAACAGAAUAGAGAAUGAACGACAGAAUCAUGACACUGAGAGAAAGAGAAGAGAAGAAGAGUUUAAUAAGAGCCAAGAACGACAUAAAAGAGAAAUGAAAGAGAAAGAUGAGAGAGAGGAAAAGAUGUGUGAGGAGAUGAAGAGAGAACGAGAGGAAUGGGAAAAACAGAAACUAGAGGAAAAUACGAGAAGAGAAGAAGAGGAUGAGAAAAGAAGAGAAAAAGAUGAACAGAUUCAGAGACUGAAGAGUGAAAUGGAGGGAAUAAUCAGAGAGAAAGAGAGAAUGAAGAUGAUGAUGGAGGAAGAACGACAGAAUCAUGACACUGAGAGAAAGAGAAGAGAGAAAGAAAAACAGAUUAGUGAUGAACAGAUUCAGAGACUCAGGAGUGAAAUGGAGGGAAUAAUCAGAGAGAAAGAGAGAACAGAAAGAGAGAGACGAGAACAACUAGAGGAUUUAGAGAAGAGACUGACAGAAGAAAGAAACAUGAGAGAAGAUCAACAAAAGACUUCUGAAGAAACACUGAAACUCCUUGAAGAAGAACUGAAGAGAAGACGAGUGGAGUGGAGAGAGGAAUAUGAACGAGAGAAAGAGAAGAUGAUGAAGAAGAUCUGCUCUGAAACUGAUCCGUCACUACAGGUCUCAGCCUACAGGAAACUGGAGAGAGAAUACAGCAAGUGGUCCUGGAGUCUUCGCAGAGCCAUGAUGGAAACUGAGAACAAACUACACAACAAAAUAGAGAAUGAAGUGAUUCAUGAGGUUGAGGAAACUGAUCUUCAAAGAGAACUGAAGAAGACAAGUGAAGAAGUGGAAAAAUCAAUGUCUGAAUUCUUUGAGAAAGACACUGAUAAAUAUAUACUGAUUCAGUGGAAAACAUCUUUUGAAAUCAAAAUCAGAGAGCUUCAGGAAAACAUUGUGAGAGAAACAAAGAGGAAAUUAAACGAAGUUCUUCAGCAGCGAGACCUGAAGAAAAAGAUUGAUGAUCAGAGGACACAUCAUGAAAACACUCUCUAUGAAAAGAGCAAAGAACUCGCCUUAAAACUCAAAGACAAAACAAAUGAUGAAGAAACACUGAAGAAAGAGUUUGAUUUGUUCUGGGAACAGAGUGUGAAGAAGAUCAUCAGAGACAUUCCUCUAAUCAGAGACAUUGAUGUAAUGAGAGAUGUGAGAGAGAUCCUCUGUGACCUCUAUGGAAGUGUUCCUGUAGAUCACUGGAGGGAGAGCAGGGAUAUUUUCACUGUGCCCAGUUAUUCAGAUUAUGUGAAGGUAAAGAGAUUCAGUGGAUAUACAGGAACUUUCAGAAAUUACAACAGAUUAAAUAAAGAGAAGUAUGGUUUAAUUUUAUCUAAAGAAGAUGAAGCUCAAAUCAGAUCAUUAGUCACAGAUGUUUCUCUGCAGACAUACAGAAUAAUUCAGUCAUUUAACAUUUCAAAGAUGGGCUAUGACAUCAGCUACAUUCAACAACUCAUAUAUUACAUCAAGACGAGAGUAACAGAUUAUGAGGAAGAACCAGUGAAAUAUGUGUUCAAGAAUGAAUUCUUCAUGGAUUUGGUUCUUUCCAUCUGUAAGAGAUCAAACAAGAUGAUCACUGACCAACACAGACUGUUAAGAGAAGCCAAUGAUCCUGUAAUACAUGUUGAGAAGAAGAGAGAAGAGUACUAUAGGAUUUUCCAGAAAUACUGUCAUGGAGCAACAUCAGCUGCUGUUUUUGGUGCGAUCAUCUGUCAGAAACUGAAAGAGCCCAUUGAGCAGAGCGUCUACAAGAAGACUGCCAGAGAUCUGACAGAUGAAAUGAGAUCAAACUGUGAAUCACUGAAUGGAAACAGAUCAAAUCUGGAGAAACACAUCCUGAAGACACUGGCAGAAGAGGAGGAUUUUGACAAAUACAUGGACUACAUUCGUAAUCCCAGAGAUCACUUCAAGAGUUUCAUCAGAGAUGAAGUCAGGCGGUACAUCUCUGAUAAGUUCAGUGUCAGUGUUUUACCCAAGAUGAAGGAGAACAUUGAACUCCUGCAGCAGAAGAUCAUGAAAGCAGCACAUGAAUCUACUCAACAUGUUCAAGAGAACAGAGGAGAUGUUGGUUUGUGGUUGAAGAGUUUCACACAGCAGAUCUCAGAUGAGCUGAUCUUCUCUGAAAAAGACCUCAGUGGAGUGAAACAUGAUGAUGUUGAUGUGAAACUCCUAGAAGAUGUGAUGAAACAAGAACUCCCUGCUAUAAUGUCUGACAUCAGCAGUAGAUUAAACAGAAAGACAUUUCCAUCCAAGCUGGACUGUAAGUUCAGACCAGAUGAGCUUCUGAUUGAUCUCUUCUGUCAGUGCUGUUGGGUUCAGUGUCCGUUCUGUGGAGCCACCUGCACCAACACCAUAGAAAACCAUGAUGGAGAUCACAGUGUUGCUUUCCACAGACUGUGGGGAAUUAAUGGGCAGUUUUUCAAGGGAACAACAAACUUGCAAAUUAGCAUUUGCACAUCAGCUGUAGCAAGUGGUAGAUAUUUUUAUCCCACUGACACAGUUGAUGCAGUCAGUGAUCAACCCUUUUAUCCUGAAGGAUCAAGUGAUAAAGUCCUCUGGAGAGACUACAGAAGAGCAGGAGGAGUUUAUGCAGACUGGAGCAUCACUCCUGAUCUCUCUGAACUGCCCUACUGGAAGUGGUUUGUGUGCAGAUUCCAGAAAGAUCUGGAAAAAUACUACAGUAAAACAUUUCUGGGUUAUGGUGAGAUACCAGAUGAAUGGAGAAAAUACUCAAAAUAUGAAGCUAUUGAGAGUUUGGAGGAAUACAUGUAA